GUACCAAUGGAAUUGUUUCGGUGCAUAUACCGUGAUGCUACCUAUGGUCAGUGCACAUUCGUCGUGCUUCCGUGAAGGUGUCGACGUCGUGCGUCCAGUUGUUUCGCGUUCUUGGUCUCACGUGGUUGUGCGUAGCGCGCUCGCUCGUACACGUACGGUGGUAACGCAACGACAAAGUGCACCGUCAGUGUAGUGAUGUAUGAUCGGCGAUACGCGACAGAUGGUGACGGUCCGGUAAAUAUUAUGUUCCCGACGUACGAUGAGCCGUCCGCCUUUCCGUUCGGCGUGCCGAGCGACGGCACGCAUCGUGUCUUCGCAACGGCACACACAUCGCGCUCUGUGACCGAGAAUUCGCGGCACGGCUGCUUUAAUGCCGAACGAUCGCCUUUCGUCGGUCACACGGGCUAUUAUCACGACCACGUUGCACCUGUGGGAGUGAGAACAGUAGUUACAGGAAGGUUACCGUCCGCGAUGGGCGCCCGCGACAGCCUGGGAAACGUUCCGCUCGAAGUGCGACAGGAACGGAUGGACGUCGACGUCCCACAACCGUUUCGCAAGAAUCACAAGCGACCCGGGCAAUGUGAGCUGUACGACACAGCAGCAGUGAAAAGGCUUCGACGAGAAACAGGUAACGGCCACAUUCACCGCGAAACGGAAAACACGAGGACUUGCGGAAUGGACCAGAUGCACAACCUGUCAUCGUCGAUAUGUUUAAAUAUCACUGGCCAUUAUCAAUCCUAUUUCUUGCCAGCUGAUAAAUCUAGUUCAACAGAUGACCCAGGUUGUAAAUAUAUUUCGUCAAAUAACAAUUCUAAGUCAAAUAGAAACGAUACGGAGUACGAGAGAAUGUUAUUUGAGACACAUGGAUGCAGUAUAUACCAUCAUCAGCGGAUUCAAUCGUUGGACCAUAUCGAGACAGAGUUCUGAGUCAAAUAUCUGAGUUGUCAAUUUGAUAUUUUGGACAAAAUUUAUAUUUGUUAUACUAGAAAAUUUUAUUGUGUAGUACACAUUAAUGAUACAUAAAUAGAUGUAUAAAAUGAGAGAAUAAAAAGGAAAUGUACAUUACUUUUGUAAAACAGCAUUUCAGAGAUUCACAUGUGGAGAUUUAUAAUAAAUCUUAAGACACAUUUUGUAAAUCUCGAAGCGCCGACACAGAAAGUUCUUUGUAAACUGUAAUAUAUUAUGAUACAGCAGCUAUAACUUUUUUGUUAUGUAUUAUAGUUUUAUAUGCCGGACACAAUAAAUACUUUUCUAAGUUUGGCAACAUAAACUUAUCUUAUUACAUUAAUUGUUAACUUUCAGAAAAAUAAUAAAUAGAAAAAAAAACGAGAAAACUUAAAGUUUUCGUAAAACAAAACAGUUCGUAUUUAUGCGUGUCCGAAGAUAAUGAAUAUUAACACGUAUUUUAUGUCGAAAUACACAGCGAGUUUUAUAAAUCGUAAUAAGUUACAAUAUGUAAUAGCUAUAAAUUGUUAUACCAAAUCUAUUUUAGUCUCUAGACAAAUUUGUAACGUAAAUCUUCAGUUAAACACUUAUUAUAAAUUCUAUGCAAUAUUUUUUUUUUUUAUUACAAGGAAUAUUAUGCAUAUUUGAAUCGCAAAUUUUUAACU